AUGACGACGUCGCAGCCAGCCAGCAGCAGACACUCCGGCUGGCAGCCGCUGGGGAACUUCUUGACUGGACAUCAGCGGCAACGUUGCAGCUACGCGGCACCACCAUUCCAGCUGGCUGUUGACGAGACGGACGCUCGAAUGGAGAUCAGCGAGCGGGAUCCGUCGCAGUCGUCUGGUCAGUUGCAGAGACCACCCAGGUACUCUCGAGUCAUUGUGGCCUGGCAGUCUCAAGGCGACGUCGAAGCCAGCGUACCGUCCGGAGUCCAACAGCGUGACGCCGUGGCAACCAGGCAACCAAGAUACCAACGCGUCGCCCAGGGGUAUCAACGGUCACCAAGCCCGACGCGCAGGGAGACCAAAGUCGCCUGCCGUGGCCCAGGUGGCAUGCAUGGCCUUCCCUCGAACUCCACGGCCUCCACCGGCCAAGCCCAGGGUGAUGUUGCUGCUGCCGGCCGAUCUCAGGAAGGAAUUCAAUAUGGUCAAUGUCAAGACUGCGGCAAGCAUUCGGUUUCGGCAAGGGCAGCGGAACUUGGCAAGGCUGCUGCACAACAACAUCAUCUGGACAAGAUCAUGCACGGAGAUGGACACAGAACUGGUUGUCUUCCGGGCUUGUGGCUUCAAUGGCUGGCUGCUGCCACCAACGGCAGCCAAGCAGACGAAGGCGUCACAACUCGACUUGGAUCGAUGCGGAUUGACCAUGUCGGAGGUGCACAGCAGCGAGCAGACAUGGCGGGCACCGCUGUCACCACGGAGUCGUGGAUAUUCCUCAUGCCAAGACAUAACGACAUGCGCAUGGCACGCAGCUCUGGCGCCCCCACUCGGCUUGGAUCGAUUUGGGGGGAGCCCGGAGCCCGGACCAAGUCCAAAAUCCAAAGUCCAAAGCCGGGACCACGUCCAAAAUGCAAAAUUACAUCCAAAACGCCAAAACGACAUGCAAAACCACAUGCAGAAUGCCAAAAACAGAUGCAAAAUGGAAAAUCUACAUCCAAAAUGCCAAAACGACAUGCAUAA